AUGGUUGCCGCCCAGGGACCAAUAACACCCUUCUCAUCCGACCCCUCCUCCACCACAUCCUCAACCAGAGACGACUUCUACUCUGCAGAGAUGAUGGCAACCCCCGACUCCAACCUCUCCUCCCCCACUUCAUCAACCGAUACCUCGCCCAUGUCCUCCACCUCCCUCUCAACGGUCCAACUCGUCGCAAUCUCAAACACAAAACUCAACAACGACCUCUACUCAAACAGAUCCCUCUCCAUCCACAAACGCAUCCUCGUCAAGAACCUACUUACAUUCAUCUAUAGGAUCCAUCCACCCAUGGACUGGAGUCAGAUGCAGUACCAGAUGCAGAUGAUCUCCGUUGAUGAUGAUGAUGAUGAUGAUGAUGAUGAUAUUCCACUGCACCAGGCAAUGGUAAAUAAGGGAUAUGGAUCAACAGCAGCUGCUACAUCGUCAGCACCAACAAACACAGUCGCAAUUGCCACAGGCUCAGGAACAGGACCUGGAACAGCAUUAUCUUCAACAACUCCCUCUACAACAACAACGGCAAAGGCACCGAUAUUACCUCGUCCAAAGUCGGCAGAACUCCCACAGUCUCUGAAUUCAUAUCUGUCUACAGUCUUUGAUGUCGAUUGGUCUGUCGGACUACCCAACACCGAGGAUCUUCUCUUUACUCAGGGAUCUUCACCUACAACUUCUUCGAUAGCGGGAGGGUCCACUACCUCGAUAACAGCAACUGCUUCAGCUACAGCAGCAUCCGCAAAGAUGGCCAAGCGCAAAUCCAUUACUACUGCAUCUGGGCUCUCGUCCGUCGUCUCUUCUUUUGCACCACCAUUAUCGACAUCAUCGCCGGCAUCAUCCUCCUCAGUCGCAUCAACAUCUUCAUCCCCUCGAUCGUCGACAACCUCUACAUUCUCGUCGUCUUCUACAGUCUCGACUGCUUCGUCUGUGAGCAAUGUCGGAAGCGUAUCUGGAGGAGUAGGAUAUGGAGCUGGAUCAGGAUGGAAGCAGGAGACUCCCUCCCAGUACAAACCUGCGGUCCCUCCGAAGGAUGGUAACCCUGGAGCCGGAGGAGCUGCAGCAGCUGCAGCAGCUGCAUCGUUGGCUCGGAAAUCGUCCCUCCCUACUACGCAAAGCAGUAGAUACAACCCCAACUCCUCAACCAUUCUCAACAGUAACAACAACAGGACCACUGCCGCCGGUAAUGAGAACGCCAAUGGUACAGGAAACAACAACAGCAGCAGCUCACAAUUGCUCUCAGAUGGAAGAAAGGUCCCUGCCAGGAAGGCGAGCAUCAGCAAGAGCUCCAAGCCCAUGCUGGUCCCUGGACGCCGAUCGUCGUUACUCCAGGCCCCUAAUACAGUCUCAACAGCUAACAACAACAGCGUCACAAUUGGAAACAGCACAUCUCCGACAUCUCCUAUCCCAGGCAGGACGAAUGGGGCGUCUAGUCUGUCGCCUGAUACCGCCCGUUCAGGAGGAGGAGGAGGAGCAGUAGCCACAGGAGGAAGACCCCGGUCGCCUUCAGUGUCGCCUACUCUGUCACCAGCUUCACUGUCGUCACCCACGUCAUUCUCCCCUUCUUCCUCGAGCCCGUCAUCAUCACCCACCCUCAGCCCACAGCUAAAACCCGCCUUUUCCCGAAGGACAUCCUCCUUGCCCUCAGAGAAGCCCAAACCCGUCCAACGAGCACCCAGUAGCGAAAAUACCCUUGCCUCUUCCGCCCACGCUGCUGCUGCCGCCUUUGCUUCAACCAACAACAACGGACAUGGAUAUGGAUCAAGUCCCACACAGGUCCCGCAGGCAAACAUCAUUGGCCUCCCACGGCCCAUUCUCAACUCUUCCUCGUCUUCGCCCUCGUUGUUGUCCAUUUCCCCACCUUCGACCUCGACUGUCACUACUGCUACUACUUCUGCGCCUUCAACACCUUCUGGACUGGCGCCGCCUUCCAGACCGUCACCAACGUAUAUGUUGAAGGCGUCAAAAUCGACCCCAUGCUUGGUUUCUAGCAAGGAUGGUGGAUCUCAGGAGGAGGAGGAGGAAUAUCACCCGAUGCCUGCAGAUCAACAGGCGUAUUACAACUACUUCCAGCAGCAACAGCAGCAACAUCAACAGCAGCAGUCUGGAACGUCUGCGGCCACGGUGUCACCGUAUUAUAAGGGUGCUGCAGGAACGGGUGCUGCAAGUGCGCCGCCGUCGCCUUCAAUGACGGGGUCACUGUCGUCGGGAAUCAAACUGCUGGCCAGGACGAGUUCUCGGCGCGCUGGUGCUGCGUCAGAGGGUGGUGGAUCUGGGAAAACAAAUAUCAGUGGUCCGUUGCAAUUGCUGUCUGAUCAAGAUUCUGCUGGGUACCAACAAAACCCGUAUCAACAACAGAGUCACCAGCAGCAGAACCAUUAUGGAGGCAAUCAUGGUCAUGGCGGAGGAAAUAACCCGUAUGGUGGAAGCGGGCCGCGGUAUGCACAGAGUCUGAGCAAUGUCAGUGUGAUGAGUAAUUUCUCCGUGAGCUCAAAUGCGACGGCGGCUACAACCAUGACAGGGAAGGGUGGACAGGUCGAGAAGCCGGCGGGGUCUUCUGUGGGGCGGUGGAAUAGUAUGAAGAUGAUCCUUGGACUCCGCGUCGGCAAUGGUGGUUCGUCCAAGAAUUAA